GUAGCUGCGCAGAUCUGGCAUGGCUUUGCCAGUGCUGCGCACCAAGGGCGGUUGACACCCUUGCAGGCAACGGUCUCGGAAGAUGGCGGCAUAAAGAUGGCCGCGGACCCAAGUCCCGCUCCAGCAAACCCUCAGCUUUUUCGUCGAGAAGUCGAACCGGAUGACGGUGUGCGUCCCGAGGAUGAGUUGGCAGGAGUGGACGAUGUUGAGCAGCUGACUCGCAACCGAGAGGUUGCUGGCUGGGGCAGUCGCAGACGCAGGAGGGCCAUUCCUUGUGCCUGGGGUGGAUGGACUGGCUGGUCCAACUGCAACAAAGCCUGCGGCACCGGCGAGACGUCACGAACUCGUAAGAUUUCAGUGCAGCCACAGCACGGAGGCAAAGCAUGCUCCGGCGCAGACAGGGAGACCAAGAAGUGCAACACACAUGCAUGCCCCAUCAAUUGUGCUUGGGGAAGCUGGACUAGUUGGGUCAA